AAUUCUCUGCUAUAUUUCACCUUCACUACACUAUUUCUACAUAUAUCUCUCGUGCAAUAAGUCUGUCAAUCAAAAACUUUAUUUAUUGAUGUGUCAUUGAAUGAUGUAGUAAACCACGAAUGGCUCACUAAUCGUCGUUCAUUUUCAUUCUUUACUUGCUGUGAUAGAUAUAUACGGUGUUUUGGAUGUAACGCUCCCGUCGUCGUGAAAAGUAACUAAAUCAGCCAUGACCGCUUUCACAAAGGCUGGAUCUAAUUCGUCCAGGUCGUGAUGUGACGAAGCUUUAACCCAACGCUUAAAUUUUUCAUUCGUCUCAAAAUGAGCCGAGUAAACGACUUGCUUGACCACAACAUUAGCGAAUAAACCUACUUCUUCAAACAGCUGUCGCAUCUCAUCUCGAGAUAAAGGAUGCAAGUCCACAAUCUCAUGCUGGUCAGAUCUGUCGGGGCCGACUUUAUCCGAACACAUAAUGGCCAAUUUUCCUCCAGGUUUCAUGGAUUGAUAUGCUUUUUGUAUGUACAGCUUUUUCUGGUCGUGUGGAAACCAGUGGAAUGCUGUUGUGCUAAGGUGUGCGUCGUAAUACGGCUCAUUAUCGUGUGGAAAUCCAAUGACACUGGAACCAACAUGGAACUGAAGGUGACUCACUUCUUUAUAUUUAUCGUCAGCAAUUUUGAUUCUCGCAGCAUCGGGAUCGAUUCCCACCACCUCACCAUCAGAGCCAACGAUAUCAGCGACAUAUUUAGUGACUUGACCUGUACCGCAACCCAUGUCUAGCACUUUAUCUCCUGGGGAGAGGUUUAAUUCACUACUGACAAAUUCACAUCCAGACUUUAUUUGUGGCUUACUUAUUUCAUCGUACGCUUCGGCAUCCGCGUCCAUUUUGAAAAGUUUAAGUUGAUUUGUGUCACCUGUAACUAUAUUUGCAUACAACUGCUCUUGUGACGUUUCACAUCAGUGGUUUUAAUCAUUGCGAGGAUAGAUCAAUGCAUGAUAGACCAAUCAGACUACCUGCUGUCAAACAUUACAGCAAAGUAGCAUUGAAUGAUUUAUCUGCGACUGUUCGUCAGUAGAUGCAAUCGACGGUAAUUGAAAGUAUUGCGCAAUUUAGUCAAGAUGGAGGACAAUGCUAAGGCAUAUGAUCAACUAAGUAAGCCACAAUAUGAAUCUGGAUGUAAAUUCAUCAGUGAAUUUAUAAACCUCUCCCCAGGAGAUAAAGUGCUAGACAUGGGUUGCGGUACAGGCCAAGUCACUAAAUAUGUCGCUGAUAUCGUUGGCCCUGAUGGUCAGGCGGUCGGAGUCGAUCCCGAUGCUGCAAGAAUCAAAAUUGCUGAAGAAAAGUAUAAAGAAGUGAGUCACCUUCAGUUCCAUGUUGGUUCCAGUGUCACUGCAUUUCCACACGACAAUGAGCCGUAUUAUGACGUACACCUUAGCACAUUAGCAUUUCACUGGUUGCCUAACGAAGAAAAAUCAAUUUACAUCCAGAAAGCGUACGAUUGUCUAAAACCAGGGGGAAGAUUAGCUAUCUGGUGCGCCGGUGUGCAGCUAGAUAUAAAGCCUAAAACCCAACUCCCUGCAAGCUUUUACCCCUUGACUCAAGAUGGCUACUAUAAGGUUUUUCAAGAUCUGGGCUUAUUCAGGAAUGUUGUGAUAAACAGAGUAUUAUAUCCCUUUCGGUUUGAAACACUUGAAGAAUUUAAGCAAUGGUACAAAGCUACAAGCCAUCAGGAUUUUGAAGACUUAGAUCCAACAUUAGCAAGUAAAUAUGUUAUCCACGAAGACGAUGGUGGCGUUACUUGGAAAAUGCCGCGUGUUGCUAUCACAGCAAGUAAAAAUUGAUUGGGGCUGUUUAGUACAUUUAUUUUGAUGGUACAAAUUACAGAUUGACACCAAAAGUAGCAAAUCAUUUGGGGAGUAAUGAUAGUAAACU